AUGGCCAUUCAUCGUCCUCCGACGGUCGUCCCAGCUAUUCACAACGCUUCCGAUAGUGGUACAAUGGUGGUGGUGUCCAUCGGCGAGGCGACGACGGAUGUAGGUGUUCCGAAGGUAGUAGCGGCUGGAGGGCGAAUAUCCUUUUUUCAAUGUGCUACAUUUGUGGGAACUAUAACCUACAUGUCACCUAAAAGAAUCAGAAAUGAAAGUUAUUCAUAUCCAGCUGAUAUCUGGAGCCUUGUUCUUGAUCUUUUUGAGUGUGGCACUAAUGAAUUUCCUUAUACAGCAAAUGAAGGACCUGUUAAUCUUAUGUUACAGUUAUUUGGGUCAAUGGAGGAUAUCAAUGGUAAAAGAAAAUGGAGAAAAGUUGCUUAUGGAGAUUUGGAAGAAUUUGUGGAAAAUUUUGACGAUGUAAAAAGUGAUAGAUUGAAGAAAAUAUGCAAAUUUUGA